UACUGUUUCAACAUCUACCUUCAUCACCAUUCCCACACGUGCAUUUCAAUAGGACAGGCAAAAGAGGUUUGAAAAAUGGCUUUUGAACAGGCACAAGCUACUGUUUCGUCGAUGUUACAUGGUAUAAAUAGGUACAAUCCAGAAAAUCUAGCUCUACUGGAGAAUUAUGUGGAAAUCCAAGGGAGAGAAAACCAAUAUGAUCUGGAGGCAAAUCUUGCCAUUCUCAAGCUGUAUCAGCUGAACCCAUCACACUUCAAAAUGCCAAUAGCUGCUCUGAUCUUUCUCAAGGCUAUGACCAACCUUCCACACACAGACAUCAUCCUAUGCAAGUGCCUUCUGGACAGUGAUGUUCAACAGGAGGAACCGUUAGCAUCCAUCUGCUACUUUGCAGGAUUAUUAGAAACUUGUCAGUUCAAAGAAUUCUGGACUAAGUACGAGUCCAGAACUACAGCGUUACAGACUGUUGCCGGUUUCCACAAUGCCAUCCGAAAAUUCAUCUGCCACGUGAUCAACAGCACCUACCAGACGAUUGAGAAGGUACAACUUGGAGAGCUUCUGGGAGUUUCUGACGACACUGAGCUCAAGAGAUGGAUGGCCAACUAUGACUGGAAGGAGCUCGAUGGCGGAAAGGUCUUCAUUUCCAAUCAGGAGGAAAGUGUCAAGACAAAGAACAUCACGGAGAAGAUCGGCUUUGAUAAUGUGGCUACUGUUAUGAAAAUAUCACAGUGAUGUGAAUGGAAAUAGCAACAUAGAACAAAUCAUGAACUUACAGAAUACUAGACUAUUCAAAAGGUAGUGAAACAUACUGUAAAUGACACACAUUUCGCGAACCAUGGAGCUAAAUUAUCUGGAUUUAUGACCUUGAUGUGACCUUCUUCAAGUUCGGAGCAACAUGUGAUAACUUACAGUGCAUAGACAUCUGAUUUUCAAGCUCAUCUGGGAAUUCUCUACUUUUCUUCAACAUUCUGUUUUGUUUUACUAUUUGUGUAUGUGUGAACUCGUGUUUCAAUAAAUUAGGUCACUUCAAAUCAGCAUCUUUACAAAUGAAUAGAUGCAAUUAUAAUUUUAGUUCAGUUCUCACCUGUAAGAUAAUUUAUUUUUUCUGACUCUACAAAUAUAUAAAAAUGUUGAUCCUUAAGGACUGCUAAAAACAAAGGUACCAUAGCACUUACAAAUUACAGAAUGUGAAUAGAAACAUAGACUUAUGAAUCACAUUAAGUAACUGAGGGAAGUAUGUUUUAAGUCAGGUUAGGCAAGACGGGUUAAUUCACUGAUGGAAAGUGAAAUAUUGUCGGAUAUCAUGUGGAAUAAAAGUAAGACUGGUGUACAAAUACCGAGUUAAGAGCAAUGGUAAAGCUAAUGCCUUAUUACAGGUGAUGUAAUAAUACUUCUUUGUCUCAACAUGAAAUCAAGAGGUAGAGCAGUCUCGAGGUCACCGAGGGCUGUAGUGUUAACCGGUUAGGACCAGUAACAUAAUCAGUCGGCAUUUGCAUUGUAUCACAUUCACAUCUGACAUGAUGUUGGUAAUCGACUCCUUGAAAUGGGAUAUUUUUAUCAACUGUCAAAAUGUUUAGAACAUUUGCCAAUCACAGACUAGGGCACACCUCUUACACUUUGUCCCCCAGCUGCAACAUUAUAAACAUGUACUGGUAUGCAUUCAAAGGACAUUCCCUCGCUUUGCAGUUAGAGGCCAUGUAAUUUAAUUUAAUAUUUUUCUCAUCAUAUAACAGAAGUCUUGAUAACUCUAUAUUGUGACUUAGUGAAAAUGAGAUCGGCCUAGUUCUGUACAUGGGGUUGUGUAUCACAAUGAAAAACAAAGACAAAAAGAAAUAAGAAAUACAUUUUUGCAGGCAUACAUACAAACAUAUUUAUUAUAAGAUAACAAACCUUGCAAAUAUUUUAAAGUUCUUUAAUUUGAAAAUAAAACAUGACUUUCCUUUUCAAAUGCUGUUGAAUACAUGUUAAAACAAAAGAUAAUGUACGUAUACACAAGAACUAUGGUUUUAAAUACAUAUGUGCAUGGACAGUAUUUUGUGGCAGUAAGCACUUCCUAAAGCUUAAGCUGCCUCAUUUUUAAUAGGGCAGAGUCAACUUCAAGAGUAUUAAUGUUUGUUAUAAUUUCAUUUACAAAACACCUGAAUGCAAUUUAUUCCAGAAGUUGGUAUAGUACAUGAACUGCUGUGCAUUCCCUUUUUAUGUUUAAUUUAUUUUAGGUAAAGUACAGACUUUAUUGAUCUGAAAUGGAAAAUUAUCAUUAUAACUUUAGUAAGCCUCUUACCCAGUUGAAUUUGUAAAACAGAUUUCAUUCUACAGUGUUUUUUUCGAGUGUAAAAUCAAAACCUAAUAUAAGUCCCCAUUUUAAUUUCAAAACAUUAAAUUGAAAGACUGUCAAGCUUUACUUUACGAAUGCAAAGAAAUGAAUACAUGUCCCCUUCAUUCAAAAUAACAAUAUAACAUGGUUAUAAAUGUUUUGUACAUGUAUUAGAAAACAGAUUACUUGAAAUGUUGCCAGAUUAUAACUAUGUGUACAUCUCCCUUCAAACCCCCCCCCCCAUGUUUCAGAAUAAUAAUCAUAGCAUAUCAAUAAAUUUGUACAGAAUUGUGUCUGUAUACCUCUCAAGCUCAA